AUGUCAGUUUUUGUGCCCGGAAUCCGAAGGAUAGCCCUUCAGGCGCCCUCCAAGUUCUUCGUCUGCAACCAGUGUCUACGGUCAGCGCCGCCACGGCGUCUUCGCCCCCAAUUUCAACGACUGUCUUGGCGCGGAUAUGCCGACUCUACAGCGACGCCGCUGGCUGGUGUGGGAAACCAAGUUGGUUCGACAAGAGCAGCUUCCGAAGCACAGGGAGCUUCCAAAAGAGCAUUUCCGCAGACUUCGUCCAAGGGCGUGGCCUACUGGCUCCUGGGAAGCGCGGCCAGCGUCUUUGGCAUCGUCGUCUUUGGUGGUCUCACGAGGUUGACGGAAUCUGGAUUGAGCAUAACCGAAUGGAGGCCCGUGACGGGAUCCAAACCUCCCUUGACAACGGCCGAUUGGGAAUCCGAGUUCGAAAAGUAUCGUGCCUCGCCCGAGUUCAAGCUCCUCAACCCGCACAUGACGCUCGACGAGUUCAAGAAGAUUUACUUCAUGGAAUGGACCCAUCGCCUUUGGGGCCGUCUCAUCGGCCUCUCUUUUGUCCUGCCCACGAUCUACUUCGUCGCCCGUCGCCGAGUGUCGGGCAAGAUGGCCGUGAACUUGGUCGGAAUCUCCGCCCUCAUCGGCUUCCAGGGAUUCAUCGGAUGGUGGAUGGUCAAGUCCGGCCUCAAGGACGACCUGUUUGCUCCGGGCUCGCAUCCCCGCGUGUCGCAGUACCGGCUGACGGCUCAUCUCGGCACCGCCUUCGUGUGCUACUCCUGGAUGCUCCUCUCGGCCCUGUCGAUCCUGCGAAGCCAUCGGAUGCUCGCCAACCCCAAAGCCGCCCUCGACACCGUCCAGGCCCUGAAGAACCCUGCGCUCGCGACCUUCCGUCGGUCCGUCUUUGGUCUCGCCGGCCUCGUUUUCCUCACCGCCAUGUCUGGUGGACUCGUCGCCGGCCUCGACGCCGGUCUCAUCUACAAUGAGUUUCCCAACAUGGGCCUCGGCCUGACGCCGCCCAAGUCGGAGCUCUGGAACGAGUUCUACUCCCGCAAGGACGACCGAUCCGAUCUGUGGUGGCGUAACAUGCUCGAGAACCCGAGCACGGUACAGAUGGACCACCGCAUCCUCGCCGUCACCACCUUCUGCGCCAUCCUCGCCCUCUUUGCCUAUUCGCGCACCGGCCGAGUCGGCGCCGCGUUGCCGAGAGGCGCCAAGAAGGGUGCCACAGGCCUCGUCCACCUCGUCAGCUUGCAGGCCGCCCUCGGCAUCUCCACGCUCAUCUACAUGGUUCCCAUCCCGCUCGCUGCCGCUCAUCAGGCUGGCAGUCUCGCCGUUCUCACCGGUGCCCUCGUCCUCGCCCAUCGGAUGCACGUGCCCAGGCAGGCGAUCCGAACACUCGAACAACGGUUGAGCAAUUGUCGAAAGUAG